UACCUGUUAUUAAAUCAGUGUAAAUUGAGUGAUAAUCACAUGCACAUAAACUGAUGCAAUUACACAAAAGAAUAAACUUAGAAGGUUUACGUUUUUGUUUGACGAUAUUAUUUUCUUAUAAAUAUUCUUAAACAUUAAAAAUCCGAAAGUAUAAUAUUUUUUGUAUUUAAUAGUGUUUAUUUUAAAUCAAUAUGAUAACUUAGUUUGAUGAUGGUUUUUAGGUACCUACUAUUAAAGGAAAAACAUUAACUAUAAGUGAAAGGAAAACUCAAAAUAUGACUGCUUUGAAAAAAGAAAUGGAGUCCAAUAUUAACUAUAAAUACAGCUUUAAAUCCAUUUUCGCUCAAAGCUUGGCACUGGCUGGUCCGUGUUUCAUACAGAUUGGCAUCGGCAUAGAACUCACAUGUUCUACAGUAAUUAUUGGAGCGUUAGCGAGCAAUAAGAACAAAAACAGUUUGCAACCUUUAACGGAUGAACAAGCGUCUUGGUUUGGUAGUCUUCUGUUCUUGUUUACACCCUUGGGCAGCGCACUAUCUUCGUUAACGCUGGACCGGUUCGGUCACAAAACGUGCAUGAUAAUAACCAACAUACCGUUCAUAGCGUCGCAGAUCAUGUUCUUCUACGCCAACAGCAUCGGGACAUUGUAUGCAUGCUCGAUGCUGAUGGGACUUAGCGUCGGUUACUCAGGUGGGCCGUCUUCCGCUUACAUCGGCGAGGUGUGCGAGCCGAAGCUGAGGGGCGCGCUGAUGUCGGCGACGAACGUUUUCUACUACGUGGGCUCAUUACUGUUUACGUUGAUAUACGCGAUCACAUUGGAAUGGAGACUGACGGUGCUCAUUGCCAUGUCCGUCCCAAUCACGACCACCGCUAUAUUGUUUAUGACGCCACAAUCUCCAAUGUGGUUGUUGACCAAAGGUGAAUCUUUAAAGGCACAGCAAACGCUUGGCAAAUUAAGGGGAUGGCCGUCGCAAGAAACGGGUUCAAGCAAAGAGUUCAAAGAAAUGAUAGCUUAUACGUCUUCUGUGAUAUACGAUGAUGAUGACAUCGAAACAGACAAGAAAGAUGUAACAAGUUCUUGGGGACAACUCUUUCGGCCUGAAGUUUACAGACCAUUCCGUCUGUUUUUGGUUUAUAUUUUUUUCGCAAAUUUAUUGUCUGGAGUACAGUACGGACCAUAUCUAGUAUCAGUAUUUACUAAAUUCGGUGCACCCAUUAACGUCGAGUUUACAUUAGCGUUUUCAGUGUUUUUAUCAACAAUUGGUGGAAUAAUAACAAUAUUCUUGAUAAAUAAACUCGGCAAACGAUUUCUCACUUUUACGACGCUAUCAAUUUGCUCAAUUUGUUACAUAUUAAUCGGAUUAAUUGGUGUGUAUUGGACAAACUCAAAACCUACUACUUCUUGGUUGGUGUUAAUACUCUUUCUUACUACUACUUUCAUGUCAUCGAUUGGGAUAAUGCCUAUCUCAUGGGUACUUCUAACCGAAAUAUUUCCAAUGAAGAGUAGAAACAUUACCUGCAGCGCAGGUUCAGCACUGGGUUACUUAAUAUCUUUCUUCAUGAUCAAGUAUUAUCUCGAAUUGUCCAACUUUGUGAACUUUUAUAAUACUUUUACUUUAUUUGGAAUUUCGGGUUUAUUUGGUACUGUAUAUUUCUAUUUUUAUCUACCAGAAACUGAAAACAAAACAUUACAAGAAAUAUCUGAAUUUUUCAAAUAGAAUGUCUGUUAUCAUUAUUUAAAUACGAAUGAAAUGCACUUCAUUAAUAAACUCGAUAAAAAAAGGUAA